GCUGCGUGGAGUGAGCGCUCGAGAGUAUUUCCACUGCACGAGAGAGUGAAAUACAACAGAGUCAAACCGCAGAGAGACAGACACAUAUCAGCUCAAGCGGAGCAGUUUUUCAAUGAAUGACCCAGCAGCAACAUGUGCUUCACAGCCACGCCUGCCUUGAACAACACAGCAAACUAGGAUAUAAGGUCCCCUGGUGGGCUGGUUCCUCUCUGUCUUGCAUCACCUCCUUUAUUUCUUCUCCUCCUCUGAACUUUGAAGCCCUUUGAGGAGCAAGGCCAUGGCACAGUUUUCCUCUCCCGUCCUCCUCUUGUCGCUCAUCCUCGUCCUUUCUCUGCCUCCAUCCUGUUCUCCUGAAUCCCAGCGGGAAGAACCGUCUCUCCAGCCCUCUGUCGCUCCAGAAGCUCCAUCAGAGCUCUACAGUAACCUGACGGAUGACGGCGCUCCACCGAACAAACCGUGCUCUGACAUGGUCGAAUGCAAACCUGGAAUCAUCCUGCCCGUAUGGAAGCCCAUCAAUCCCAGUCUGGGAGAGCAGGUCGUCCGGGCCAUCCUGUAUUUUGUCUCUCUCAUGUACAUGUUUCUGGGAGUGUCCAUCAUCGCUGAUCGAUUCAUGGCAUCUAUAGAGGUCAUCACAUCACAGGAGAAAGAGGUGACCAUCACCAUGCCAAACGGAGAAACGUCAGUGGCCACCGUGAGAAUCUGGAACGAAACCGUGUCCAAUUUGACCCUGAUGGCGCUCGGAUCGUCUGCACCUGAAAUCCUCCUGUCGGUCAUAGAGGUGUGUGGUCAUGGUUUUGAGUCCGGUGAGCUCGGUCCGGCCACCAUUGUGGGCAGCGCUGCCUUUAAUAUGUUUGUGAUCAUUGGAAUCUGUGUGUGGGUGAUUCCUGACGGCGAGGUGAGGAAGAUCAAACAUCUGAGAGUCUUCUUCAUCACCGCAUUCUGGAGUAUCUUCGCUUACAUCUGGCUCUACCUGAUCCUGUCCAUCAUCUCACCUGGAGUCGUGGAGGUAUGGGAAGCUCUGGUCACUCUCUGCUAUUUCCCCGUUUGUGUGAUUCUGGCCUGGAUUGCUGACCGGCGCCUCCUUUUCUACAAGUACAUGUCCAAACGCUACCGUGCCGACAAAAGGACUGGUGUUGUUGUGGAGACCGAGGGGGACAUGACCCCCAAAGGUAUGGAGAUGAUGAUGGACGGCAAGUUUCCAUUGAGGGCCGGAGCCGUAGGGAUCGGCACACAAGAACAUUACCAGGAUGGAACCGGGAACACAACAGGCACCAUGGCUACUCUACCCAACUCCAACAGCACGACCGUUUACAUGGACGGUGCCAAGGACCUGGACGAGAGCCGUAAAGAAGUGAUCCGUAUCCUGAAGGAACUGAAGCAGAAAUAUCCAGAUAAGGAGUUGGAUCAGCUGGUGGAAUUGGCCAACUACUACGCCCUCCUCCAUCAGCAGAAAAGUCGCGCCUUUUACCGCGUCCAGGCCACACGCAUGAUGAUCGGGGCCGGUAAUGUGCUGAAGAAACACGCAGCCGAUCACGCUCGCCGUGCUGCCGUGACAGGUGGCGAUGAGGCUUUGGAGGAGGACGACUUGGCUGUCUGCAGCCGCAUCUCCUUCGAGAGUGCGCACAGCCAGUGCAUGGAGAACUGCGGCACCAUUGCAAUACCCGUGGUGUGUCGAGGAGGCCUGGGGGAGAGCACUUUCUAUGUCGACUACUGUACAGAAGAUGGCACAGCCAAUGCCGGCUCAGAUUAUGAGUACUGCGAAGGGACGCUGGUGUUCAAACCGGGAGAAACCAGGAAAGAAAUUAAGGUGGGCAUCAUCGACGAUGACAUCUUUGAGGAAGAUGAACAUUUCUUUGUGCGUUUGUUGAACCUGCGUGUUGGUGAUGCGGAGGGUAUGUUUGAGAGUGACGACGCAGAUCAGGCUCCCAAGGCCCAGCUGGUGGAACCGCUAAUGUCCACGGUCACCAUCCUGGAUGACGACCAUGCGGGGAUCUUCACUUUUACGGACCGCCUGUUGCGAGUGAGUGAGAGCGUGGGUACCAUGGAGGUGACAGUGGUCCGGAACUCUGGUGCCCGCGGGACCGUGAUCAUUCCGUACCACACGGAGCCCGGAACGGCCCAAGGGGGAGGGGUCGACUACGAGGACACGUACGGAGAGCUGGAAUUCACCAACGACCAGACAACUCAGACCCUUCAGGUGAGAAUCACUGAUGAUGAAGAGUACGAGAAACAUGAGAAUUUCUUCAUCGUUCUUGAGGAACCGCGCUGGCUGAAGAGAGGAAUCUCAGCCCUGCUGCUGAACCAAGAGGAUCCGGAGGGGCAGAUGAGUGCGGAGGAGGAGGAGGCCAGGAGGAUAGCGGAGAUGGGGAAACCUAUCCUGGGGGAGCACAGCCGUGUGGAGGUGGUGAUCGAGGAGUCCUAUGAAUUUAAGAGCACCGUUGAUAAACUGAUCAAGAAGACUAACCUGGCGCUGGUGAUCGGCACUAUUUCAAUAAAAUAUAAAACUUUUUUUCAGGUAGUUGUGGCAUCCUCAGGCGACGGGGAUGAAGAUGUAGAGGAGGGUCGAGAGGAGCGUCUCCCGUCCUGCUACGAUUACUUCAUGCACUUCCUGACGGUGUUCUGGAAGGUUCUGUUCGCGUUCGUUCCGCCCACAGAGAACUGGAACGGCUGGGCCUGCUUUGUGGUGUCCAUCUCUGUAAUCGGCCUCCUGACUGCUGUCAUCGGAGACCUGGCGUCGCACUUCGGCUGCACCGUGGGCCUCCGGGACACCGUCACCGCAGUGGUGUUCGUCGCCCUGGGCACUUCUAUCCCAGACACAUUCGCCAGUAAAGUCGCCGCUACUCAGGAUCAGUACGCAGACGCCUCCAUCGGAAACGUCACGGGCAGCAAUGCGGUCAACGUGUUUCUGGGCAUCGGCGUGGCCUGGUCUGUGGCGGCGGUGUACUGGGCCAUCCAGGGCAAGCGCUUUCUCGUGGAUCCCGGCUCGCUAGCCUUCUCCGUCACCCUCUUCACUAUUUUCGCCUUCAUCUGCAUGGGGGUGCUGCUGUUCCGGCGCCGGCCGUCUAUCGGGGGAGAGCUGGGCGGCCCUCGUGUCUCGCGUUUGCUCACUACGCUCCUCUUUCUGGGUCUGUGGCUCCUCUACAUCCUCUUCUCCAGCCUUGAGGCCUACUGCCAUAUUGAGAGCUUCUGAAAGGAGAAACGGGGAGCAAACACCACACACACUUAUAUCUACAAAUAAAUCUAAAGGGGUUUUGAGGCUCUAUAAGCCACAUAAAUAAAAGUAAAAAAUAAAUAAAAGUCUGCACACACACUUACAAAACACAUCGUUGAAUGCACUAAUGCAAAUCAUUCAACUUAGAUGAGACCUGGAGGAGAAUCUGAGGUGAAAGAGAAAAAGAGAUGGAUGAUGCUGGAGAGAGAUGAAAGAAGAGGAGUUUUGUGAAAAAGGAAGCAAAGUGUGUAGCAAAAGAGGGCAAAGAUGAGUGUAAUGUACUAUAAAGGGGGAGCGACGCUGUAAAAUAGUCACACUUAUAUCUUUUAGUUUCUCGAGCUCAAAGGCAGAACUGACGACUUUUGUUUCACACUGCAGACGUUGUCACGCAACAGGUCUUUUUAUGGUUCAGGGGCACAAUAAAUCCGAGUAAAGAUAAAAGAUGUCUUCAGAACAAUAGUGAAGGCAUUUUAGAUGCUAAUGAAAAUGCACCAGCAGUCGAGCUGCAGUUUUGCUUGCGAUGUGCAUCAUUCUGUACUAAAGCAGUCAUUUAUGAUUGUUGCUUGACAGAUUGUACAAUAUGAGUUCUUGAGUAAAAGCAAGACCGGCUGAAAGUUGUGCGUCACACUAGACUUCAAGCAUGUAAAAUUACUUUAUUCCCUGCAGUGAAUAUGCACAGCAGGAUGUGAUGUCAUGUUCUAGGGCUUCUUAUUUUGAUAAAUAAUCAAAUGUAACUAAUAUUGCAGUCUAGUGUGACCGCACCUAACUUUGAAAUCGUACCGUACAAACCCAAACAAGCUGUUUCACUAAUGUUGCCAAUGUUUCACCUGCUUGAUGUCGGAAUGAGCAAACUCAAAAAGUUAAGUUAAUAGUAAUGUGAAGGGAAUGAUAAAUAACAAAAUAUUGAUUUUGCAUAAAUAUUGACACUAUAAGCAGUCCAAGACUUUCAAUUGUGCCCUGAAAUGACAAAAAUCUUUUGCUUUUUAAUAUUAUUUUUGUUAAUAAUUAUAUUAAAUGUAAA